AGUUUUGAAGGACGCAGUCAUUCCUUUGUUCGUUAGCCUGGAGCGAGGGGAAAACGACGGAACAACUUGGCAAUCUCCGGCUGCUAACUGUUGGAAGUUCGUUUUUUGUUGUUUAGUCAAGCCUGGCAGCACACGCGAGGCCACGUAGCGGGGAAGGGAGGUGCGCAGAAAACACCGGGUUUCCUGAGCGCUGGGCGGAGGUCGCUUCCUGCUCCGAGAUGCACCGCAGAGGUUCGGCGAUGGAGCCGCUGUUGGAGUGCGGAUCGGGCGCAGCACCUCCGCCGAAACCUUCCCCAGCGUCCAAAGAGGCGUCUUUCACGAACCACGCUCGACGCGACAAAUUCAUCCGGUCCGUCUCCUGCACCUCCACGUCCUCUUCGCUGUCGUCGUGGUCUUCGUUGUCCCCUUCGUCUUCGCCUCCCCCGGCACCGCGCUGCGGCUGCCGUUCCCCCUGCGCCGGCUCGCACGGGCGCCGUUCCGAAGUGUCGAACCCGUUUCGGGGGCCCGUCGCGAACGCCCUCAGCCGCCAGCGCAACCGUGAGCCGUACGUGUGGACUUCCAAUGGUCGCGUGACGGCCCAACUUGGCACGAAUCCGGGAGAGAGCCGUCGCAACGACGACAACAACAAUAACAAAAGCAGCGUGCAUUUUCCCUGGGCCAACGCGAGAGCUGGUGAAACGAGCAGGAGCUUAUUGGCAAACUCCAAAACAAAACUGCCUUCAGUCGUUCUCACCAAAGCAAUCGGUGCUGCAACCCAGUGCUCGCAGGUGCAACGUUCUGGCCCUACAAAAAAAUUGUCGGUUGAUGCCGUGGUGGGUCAGGCGACGGCUGAUCCAUCAGAACCGGACGAUACUUUCGUGUCCAGCUUUAGUUUCAUCAGAGAAUCGUUGAGGGUGCCGCAGCCUGCAACUGGCAGAGGUGAUCUGAUCGCGGGGAAGGGUGCCAUUUGUGGCCCCAUGGCAGGCGAACGGCCACCACGUCGCACGGAGGGGCGAUGCACAGGCGGAUCGGAGCCGUCUUGCCGCAGCACGCCGUACCGCAGCCAGAGCGUCUCGUCCGCGUCCUCGUGUGACGUCUCCAGCGUUUUGUCUGAUGGCGGCGCGUCCGAGAGCGAGCCGGACGGCGCGCCAUGUGGACGGCGAGACACGGACACGGGGCUCGGCUCGGCGGGUUCCUCGGACGCCGGCUCCCUCACCGCGCCAUCGUCAUCGCCGUCGUCUCCAUCGUCGUCGUCACCAUCGUCGUUUGAGCCGGCAUCACGCUGGGAACUUCUCUUGGAAACCCACAAGCACGUCCUGCAGCAGUGUGCAGAGACUAAUAGCAGUCGCCUACAGCUGAUCAUGCGCGUGAGUGAACUCAAACGACAGCAGAUGGUGGCUGCUGGACAGGACGACUUUGAAGCAGCGGAGCAGGUGAGCAAGCAGCUGGAGGAGACCCAAGCUCAGUUGGCCCUGCUGAGUUUCCAAAUCCCGUCUGGGAAUGUGGAAUUGGCAGCAGCACUGCGUUCCGUCGUAUUCAGCACAUCCUGCGUAUCUGCCGGCAAGAGUCAAGAGGAACUUUGGAGGGACCCAUGUUUUAAGAUUCAGCAGAAAAAGAAAGCGUUACAGGAGCGAAUCUCGGAGCUUCGACGAAGCCUGUCCGAACUGGAGGAGGAGGAGCGCCGAGUCGGUGUGGCUCUCGAAGAGAGAGACCGCAACGGUGUCGUCGCCGCCGUCGCCGCUGCCGACGAUCGCUGUGGCCGAGGAAGCCCUCUCACGCCAGACUUGCUCGACACCCUCGAGGACUCGCUGAGGUGGUUGCUCGCCAGCUUAGCCACCCCGGGAGAAGUCGAGCGUCUUCGAGAGCAAGAGAAGGCCCCUGCGUUGUCUGUUAAAGAAUUAUCCACAAAGGUUGCCGCAUGUCAGCUGGAAGUCACCGCUCUCAGACAGAAAAUCAGCGAUGCCGAGACGCAGCUUCGAGUACUCACGGAAAACAAAGCAGCAGCCGUCGCUGAGCGGGACUUUGCAUUGGCCAGGCGGCUGGUGGAGGAGGGGCGGAGGUUGGCAGAGGAAGGGGACAUGGCGAGGUGGCGGCUCCAGGCUCUGCAGGGCCCUCGCGGCACCACUGGGACCCGGGCCACGGGAGGAGCCCCACACAACGAGCUGGAGCGGUUUCGGCAGCAGCAUCGCGAGGCACGGGCCGGCCUGGAGACUCUCACGGCGCAGCACGAACAAAAGCUAAGGGGCCAGGCUAUGGCACAUUCUAAAGUGCUGCAGGAUUUCAUGAAUAGGUGCAGGAACCCAUUUGUGACACGAGUCUGGGAGGCUGAUCUCCAGGCCUGCAGCGUCAUCCUGCAGAGUCUGGCAAUCGAUCGCCACGGGGAAGAUGAUCUGGGCCAGGGUGGCGUGACUGCCGAAGGCGCCGAUGGAACAAAAGUGACAGUGGAAGCAACAGAAGUCCCGGCUGAAAAAAUCUCCCAGCCUGAGUCUGUGUGGCUCGACCAUGAGAUGGCAAAGGAGACUUUGUGCUUCACAGAAAAUGGCCUCCCAGUGAAUCCAUGUGAGGUUGUCAGCGAUCAUCCCAAUGCCCUCCCAAGGCAGCUAAGCGAUGAUGUCAUUCAGGAGCAGUGCGAGUCCAUCAGCAAUCGGCUUCUAUGCCUGGAGGAGCAACUGCAGCAUGCAUUGGACACAAGGGAUCAGAGGCUGGCUCAUAUCCUACUUGCGUGGCUGCUUCAAUGCACAUACUACAGAAAUGAAACGUGACGUCACUUUCAUGGUGUCUUUUCCGUGCUUUUCCCACAGAGAAUUGUCGUUACAUGAUGUCACUUUAAGGAUUUGACAUAACUUUAUAAUUUACCUGCCCGUACUGAACAUCUGUGAAAACCAGCUUCAUAGCUCAUUGGAUUUCUCCACUCUAAAUAAAGAUUCUGAUUAUGAUUAUGAAAAUAUUAAAAUGGUUCCAUUAAAACUUUUACUGAUGAACCUUUGCUCACAAUAAAAAAUCAAUACUUCAUAUAUAUAAUUACUAACAUGAUUACAUUUAUGAAAAUGUAAUACGUACAUAGGAAUCCCAAAAAUGUGAGUGAAAAUCCGAAUUUGGGCCUAAAAAUCCAAAAAUAUGAUAUCUAAAGAUAUGUCAUCAAAAACUCAUGGCUAGUCUCUUGGUCACCUUUAUCCUGUCGAUUGCUACUGCAAUUCUCCUUGACAGUGCCCUCACAGCGCUUGCAGGAGGAGAUAACAGAGGUGAAGGGGACCCUCCAGAGCAUGCUGAGUCUCCUGGAGGAGGAGGAGCCAGAGGAUGAAGCGGAGCAGGAAGAGUGGACAGAUUGGGAGUGAGCAGGACAGAGUGUCGAGUUCAUCCUGGGAACGGCAACAUACAAAUACAACUGAUCAAGAAGGCUAAGCCUAUGCCAAAUGUAUUCUGAAUGGACACAGUCAUGAACCAGAGCGAUUUUGGAACCAUAUAGUAUAUAAACAACAUACUCUUUGAUUCGUUCGGUAAAGUCACGAAAUAAUCAAAGAGUAUGGAUUCCUGCAGUCACGAAGGCUUCAAAUCAAGAUAUAAACAAUUUAUGAUACUUCGUCAGCUGUGGUGCAGCCGCACAGUAAACAAAAACUCAACAGAAUCGUCAAUAAUACUGCUCCAAAAGUGAAAUAAUACAUAACAGGAUAACAUGUUAUGUCAAUAGCCCUUCUUCAUAGCAAUGAAGCUAUGCUAUAUAGUUAUUUUAUUAAGACUACGAGCUGAGUGUGAUAAGAUCAAUGUGGACACAUUGAGGAAUGUUUAAGCAUCCUCUGUGAAACUGAUCGAGAUGUGUGUCCAAUCUCAUUGUGCGCGCAGUUUAACUGUCUCCAAUAAUUUACAGUACACACAAAUGGUUCCUGACUUUUGUCGAAACUCCACAACUCCCGACCAGAACUCCCUCCCGACGCAAAACCUAACACAUUUCCACGUUUACCAGUUUUCUCUGUGUGGUAGCACACCGCUCGGCCGCCUUUGUCUUCCAGUGCCAAUGUUUACACAAAAUCAUCUGCACACACAGAUAGAAACAUGUUGGCAACAUAUUAACAGAGAAAAAAUUGGCAAACACGGAAAGGCGGACAUUUAUGUGUUUCAAAAACUGGAGCUUGGUAUACCAUGCUGUAAUCUCAAUGAUAUCACCUGAAGUGUCCUUGUUUUUUUUU